AUGUCCUCGCAAGACAACCAGCUGACAGUGUUUUCCCAUCAGGCCAACAAGGAGAAGCGCACCGUCAUCUUCAAGCGUGCUGAGAAGUACGUCAAGGAGUACCGCGAUGCCGAGCGCGAGCAGAUCCGUCUUGCCCGCCUGGCCAAGCAGAACAACUCGUUCCACGUCCCGGCCGAGCACAACCUGAUCUUCGUUGUCCGCAUCAAGGGUAUCAACAAGAUUCCCCCCAAGCCCCGCAAGACCCUCCAGGUCCUGCGUCUGCUGCAGAUCAACAACGGCGUCUUCAUCCGCGUCACCAAGGCCACCCAGGAGAUGAUCAAGAUCGUCGAGCCCUGGGUCGCCUACGGCUACCCCAACCUGAAGAGCGUCAAGGAGCUGAUCUACAAGCGCGGCUACGGCAAGGUCAACAAGCAGCGCAUUGCCCUGACUGACAACGCCAUCAUCGAGGAGUCCCUCGGCAAGUACGGCAUUGUCUGCGUCGAGGACCUGAUCCACGAGAUCUACACCGUCGGCCCCAACUUCAAGCAGGCCUCCAACUUCCUGUGGCCCUUCAAGCUGUCCAACCCCACGGGCGGCUUCCACACCCGCAAGUUCAAGCACUUCAUUGAGGGUGGUGACCUGGGCAACCGCGAGGAGAACAUCAACGCCCUGAUCCGCCAGAUGAACUAA